AUGGAUCUGCUCAUGACAAUUGCUGCCAUUCUAGUGAUUGAUUUUUUCCGUGGCCUUCUAUGUCGUUAUUGUAAUUUAUGGUGGUUCUGGAAUCUCGAGAAAACAUUCCCGGAGUAUGGAGAAUUCAAGGUCGCUGAGAACGUGCUCCACUUGGUAAAUAAUCAAGGUACAAAAGCUUUUUAUGAAGGUAUGAUCUGGUUAGGUCUGUUUUUUGUACCUAUGCUUCCUAUGAUCAACAACGUUAAACUUAUCAUACUGAUGUAUAUUCGUGCCUGGGCAGUUAUGACGUGCAAUGUUCCAGCUAGACAGAUGUUCAGAGCUAGCAGAUCCUCCAAUUUUUAUCUCAUGCUUUUACUGCUGAUGUUGUUUCUUUGCACUUUACCAGUUGGUUAUGUAAUUGCAUCACGAAAACCUUCGAAGAGUUGCGGACCGUUCAGGCAUCAAUCACCCAUUAACAGGACUGAUCUGGGAGCUCAAGUCGGCAUUUCCUAUGGUCUUCAUAAUCGGCAAAUGCCGAUUUGUGCUUCCCAGAUCAAUCCCGUUAAUGGUGAUCAACCGCAUUUCUACAGUGCCAUCACGGAUGUACUUCAUGAAAAUCUGAAUGCAUCGUUAGUGGACGCUCUGAAAUACAUGAUUUCACCAGGAAUAGUCAUACCAGUGUUACUUCUAUUGCUUCUUGUCAUCUACUUUCUACUUGCACUUGUACGUGGAUUACGAGAAGCCAAUAAUGACUUGUCCACCCAACUGAUGCAUGUGAGCAUUUCCUGUCGAUUUUUUCUUGUCUAG